UGGAAGGCCACGGCGAUGGAAGCGACGACAUGCAAGGAAGUGCGCCAAUCGCCAUGCUCGUAGCACCAGCGUGCAUCUUCUCUUGAUCCAACAGCUAGCCUCGCCCACGUGAGCUCUCCCAAUAGCGACGGGCCGUUGGAGGGUGUGGGAGCCUAGUUUUCCGCUGGUCCUGAUACCAGCGCAACACCCAUAUCGGGCAGAUCUCGUCACACUAGCAGCUGCCCGGCCCCGAAGACGGGCCCCUGCCAUUCAGAAUGGAUGUCGUCCAGGCCGUUUCGGGGUACAUCUCCAAGAUGAUAUCCACGGGCGACAACCCCACCGGCUCACAGUCGGCAAAGAUGAAGAUGUUGCUGCUGGACAAAGACACGGUGCCGAUCCUGUCGACGGCCGUGACGCAGUCCACGCUGCUCAACCACGAGGUGUACCUCACGGACCGCCUAGAUAAUGCGAACCGCGAGAAGAUGCGCCACCUGCGAUGCUACUGUUUCGUGCGGCCCUCGCCCGACUCUAUCCAGUUUUUGAUCGAUGAGCUGAGGGAGCCCAGAUACGGCGAGUACUACCUCUACUUCAGCAACGUGGUCAAGAAGUCGUCGCUCGAGCGGCUGGCCGAGGCGGACGACCACGAGGUCGUCAAGCUAGUCCAGGAGCACUUUGCCGACUUCGUCGUCGUCAACCCGGACCUGUUCGACCUCAACAUUUCCCUGCCCCAGCACAGACUCUGGAGCACCUCGCCCGACAUGUGGAACUCGGACUCGCUACAGCGUGCCACCGAGGGCAUCCUCGCCGUCCUGUUGGCGCUCAAGAAGAAGCCUCUGAUACGGUACGAGAAGAAUAGUCUGGUUGCCAAGAAACUGGCCACCGAGGUGCGCUAUCACAUGACCCAGGAGGACCAGCUGUUCGACUUCCGCAAGGUCGAUACCCCACCGAUACUGCUCAUCCUCGACCGCCGCAACGACCCAGUUACCCCGCUGCUCACCCAGUGGACGUACCAGGCCAUGGUGCACCAGUUGAUUGGUAUCAAGAAUGGCCGUGUCGAUCUGGGCGACUCGCCCAACGCGAGCCCUGAGCUCAAGGAGAUUGUGCUGUCUCAGGACCAGGACCCGUUCUUCAAAAAGAACAUGUACCUCAAUUUUGGAGACCUGGGAUCCAACGUCAAGGACUAUGUCGAGCAAUUCCAAACCAAGCACAAGAACAACGUUCAGCUCGAGUCCAUUGUCGACAUGAAGCGUUUUGUUGAGGAGUACCCUGAGUUCCGGAAGCUGUCGGGCAACGUCAGCAAACAUGUCCAUCUCAUGUCUGAGUUGAGCAGGAGAGUAGGAGAAGAGAACUUGCUCGAGGUCAGCGAGUGCGAGCAAAGCUUGGCAUGCAACGACAACCAUGCUGCAGACCUAAAGAGUGUUCAAAAAAUUAUCCAAAACCCAGCAGUGACGGCGGAGCAUAAAACCGGCCUUGUGGCUCUCUACGCGUUACGUUACGAGAAGCACCCCUCCAGCGCACUUCCAAUGUUGGUGGAUCUCCUCAGUGCGGUGGGUGGAGUGCCGGCGCGGUUGGCCGACCUGGUACCCAAGCUUCUGGUGUACCAGAACUCGGUGUCGCAGUCGCAAGGGGCGGGUGGGGGCAUCUCGGACAUAUUCGAGUCGACGGGGAUAUUCUCUGGCGCCAAGGCGUUCAAGGGCCUCAAGGGCGUCGACAACGUCUACACGAUGCACUCGCCACGGCUCGAGGGGACGCUGCAGAGCCUGAUCAAGGGCCGGCUCCGCGAACAACAGUUCCCCUUUGUCGACGGCGGCGGUGCUACCAAGGACAAGCCGCAGGACAUCAUAGUCUUCAUGGUCGGCGGAGCCACGUACGAGGAGGCCAAGACGGUGGCCGGCAUCAACGCGUCCUCGCCGGGCGUCAGGGUCGUGCUCGGGGGCACGACGAUGCACAACGCUGACACGUUCCUGGAGGAGGUCGAUGAUGCUGUCAGGUCAUGGCCGGAACCCCCACCCACGACUGCGGCAGGCAGGUUGAGGAAAGAGAUUGGGCGGAGGUAAUGUCUAGAGUCAGUUGCUUGUUGCAAGAAGGCGCGUGGAAUACAGUACGGGCCUGGAAGGCAUUCUGGCUGAACUAGGACUGGCGGAGCGAUGCUUGUGCGUUUGUUUGAAGAACACCUGCUAGAUUUUUGGAUCCAUUAGUUAUGAAUAUGCUUUACGCAGCUUACCAAGAAUUCGCAGCCAUAUGCCUUUUCAUGAGGAAGAGUUGUCUAUGUUACCCAGUCCCCUUGUACCUGGGAUAUGUUAUUGCAAAUAAGUCGAAGAGUAGCGGACAGUCGAAUGUGCGAUUGAUUGUGAUAAGACGAAAAAUAAG